GCUAGUUACCAUUGAAACUCAAUAGCGCCGUUUGUGCCGUUUUGUUUUUUUUGUGUGGAAUAAAAUAAAUAUUAAAAAUGACAGCUGUCACUCGCACCGUUCCCGAGCCUGUUGACGCUAAAGUUGUCAAACGGGAGCGCGUGUAUGACUACUUGUAUGAGCCCAUAUAUUUCGUUUCUUCUGAGGUCGACCAUGUCAAGUCCAGUUUUAAGACCUUUAAGGAGCGAGUUAGAAAAUUGCCAGAGUUUGAAUCCAUGUUCAGCAAUGGGAGGGUCACCUUUCGUCUGGACCCCGCCGAUCCGCUGCCGCUUUCCGUGGACCGCCGUUGGCGUGGCAAUGCGGAACAACGACAGCAGGCCCUACAGGAAUUGGCUGGAUUUAUUCCAAGUAUCCAGCCCUUGAUGAAAACAAGAGAAGUGUGUCAGCCGAGCGGAGCUGACCGCUGGAAAUAUUUUAAAAGGCCUCUCCUUCCAUAUGUGCAACAGAUUCCGCUGAUUGGGAAUCGUGAUGGUUAUCAUCAAGAUGAGUUGGAAGCCAGUGGCAGACAUCACGCUGAGGGCGUUCCCACCCACUUUACAGUGGCAGUGCAGACAGACUACAGGGAGAGCGAAGCGCAGACGGACCCGUACAGUCCCGACUAUGUGCUUCGCGCUGGCGCCGCCCCUUCAGAGCUGCUGGCGGUGGCGUCUUUCACUUGGGAGCGAGGUCUGCCCGCAAGCUUUGAAGAAGUGGAAAUGAUCGAGCGGGCGCGCGCCAGACGGGUGUGGGAGGCAAGGCUGCCCACACUCGACGACCCGAAUCUUCUGCGUAAAAGGAGGCGCAUGAUGGAGGAAAUGGAAGCUCGAGAGUGGGCCUUCAGAGAAGGAAAAAUACAGAAGCUGCAGGACGCUCGUCUGGCCGUGCUGGGGGAGAUGCUGCAGCAGAAGGACCGGGCCCAGGUGACCUUGACCAAGGACAGACUCAACCACAUCUACUCCAAGCUGCUCAAGGAGAAGGAGAGCAAGCUGCACAAGGUGGACAAGGACCACAUGCGAUCAAUGAGGAAGCUGGAGGCCAAGCGGAGGAACAUGGAGGAGAAAAUCAAGCAGCUGGGCACGUGUAAAGACUACACGGUGUACUCCUCUUUGACGUGCGCCUCGAGGGCAUGCGGCGACAACUUCGCCGUCAAGAAAACACAGAGUCACGAAAUCCAACGCCUGGAGACAUACGACGGCUUACUGAAUCGAGUGCAGAGACCCGCUGACGCGUUUCUUAAGCAGCAAAAGAAAUUCACCAAACCCAAACUCAACACGAGCAAGGUCAUCAUCAAGCCCCCCGAGAGCAGAAGAAGCAUUCUGUUGGACAAAUACAAGGACCUGAAAGACGAUAUUUCCAAAUUUCUCGUCAAGAAGGAAAAGCCUGCUGCUCGUCCUGUCACUCCCACUGUGGAGGAGCCUCCGCAGGCCAGUUCACGCCUUUCAUUAAUAACCGAUAAUUCUAGGUCACGCCUCUUUAAUUGUCGCGUUGCUCUCCAGGGGGAAGAGGAGAAGGAGCUGGCAGUCAUCCAUUUGCAGAAACUCCUGAGGGGAAGAAGCAUCCAAACGGAGAUAUUCACGAGCAAAGAGAACCACUUGGACCUCAUCAAGGAGCUGAGGACGGCCCACGCCCUGCGAGCAGAGGAGCAGCAGAUGCAAAGGGCCGACAAAGAGAUGGUCGUGGCCCUCAAAGCGGAGAGAGACAAGCAGCGGCUCCAGCGGUCCCGCGGGGAGGCUCGACACGCCGCCGCCGUGGGCGCCGAGCUGGAGUACGUGUUCGAUACCCUGUCCAAGGAGCUGAUCCGUCUGCAGGAGGAGCGCCGCAUCCACGCCUUCACGCUGCUGGCCGAGCGGGAGCGUCUGCGGCGCGAGGCCGAGGAGAGCGGCAGGAGGCAGGCGGAGGAACGCCGCCGCAGGGAGGACGACCAGAUCUUCAGAGAAGUGGUGAAGGUCCACCAGGAGACGGUGGACUUGUACUUUGAGGACAUCAUCCUGGAUACCAUGGAGAUCACAGCAGACCAGCAAGCCCGAGAGGAGAUCCGCAGGGUGGCCAAGGAGGUCAACGACAUCGCCUACGCCAUCGAGGAGAGCAGCCGCAACAACCUUCAGUCGGAGGAGAUCGUGUCGGAGUUGGUCUACGGCUUCCUGAUUCCUGAAGUAGAGAAGAUCAGAGUCCGGCAGAGAGUGCACGAGAGGCAGCGCAGGCACCUGCUGGCGGUGCGCAGCAUCGUGGAGGGCAACGCCGAGCCGCAGAUCGCGGCGAGCACCAUGGGCACACCGCAGGUGACGCGCCCCUCCGAAGUGGCCGCCCGGCAGGUCCUGGACGAUGCGCUGCUCCCGGGUCUCAGCGGAGCCAAGUAGUCCCCACCGGGCAAUUCGAAAACCACAGAAAACCUCAGAGGAACUGUUCAAAGUCAAACAUUUUACCCACAAAUCAUAACACUACUCAGCGGAUUGCAACAGAGAUACCGGGAGAGUCACAGAAAUGUCACCCCAAAUAUCCCCAACGUUUUGGGUGGAGUGCAUUUCUUGAUAAAUGCGACACUUUCAAAUGGAUCAGGUGUUGAUCUGAAUAUGAUCAGCACUCGGCUUUCGUUGCCUGCCUUCAUUUCUCAGGGAACGCAAUCGAGAGAACGCGAAUGACUGAGCGUGACUCGCCUCGUUAUCUCACCCCCUGUGGGGUCAACUAUGUUUUCUGAGGAAACCGCUUCUUGAGAUCUUCUUGUCACCAAUUCCGCUUUAAUUUUUCACCUGAAAAACCUCAAAAACAUUAAAACAAAAAAAUAUAUAUUGGCAACAGUUGUUUUUUUUUUUUUU